ACGUGAAUACUAUGAAAGCGACGUUUUCAAUCUUCCCAAAAGUAUCUCUGGUGAUAUCUCUUCGGCAGUACGGGUGAUCUGACUGUUAGUGAUCCCUUUGCUUUGGUCCUUCGCAAUCGUUCCCGGAAGUCUCGCCAUGUUGCGCCUCUAGUAACUAUAUGACCAUUUGGAAUAUCGUAUUUGGUUUGAUGCUGUUUAACUCGUGAGCAAAUGUCACUCAUGACAGGCACCACAAAUUCCCCAGUUUUCAUCUGGACACAGAUGGACUCUUCCGCAAUGGAGUUUAAAUAGUGGGAUUCAGUUAAAGGUACAUCUUUGGAAUUAGACAUGAAGGCGGUGGGCUCGCGAUGCGCCUUCUACAUAGGCUUCCUGGUGGGGUCCUGUACUCUCUACGUGUUCCUGCGUCAGAUGUGGUUCGAGAGGACCUUCCCAACACCCCAGUUUGAAGGCAUGGAGAAGACAGUGACUCAUCUAUUAGAUCUGAAAGCAGACAGCAAGAACUGGAAGAAAGAUAGGUUGGCCCUCUUCAACCUCAAUCACCCCCACCACACAGGUGAGGACAGCCGCAUGGCAGACGAGCUGUACAGGAAGGUGCGUAUCCUGUGCUGGGUGAUGACUGGGCCUAAUAACCUGCAGAAGAAGGCUCGCCACGUGAAAAACACCUGGAGCCGCCACUGUAACGUGGUGGUGUUCAUGAGCUCUGUGGACGACCCUGACUUCCCCACCGUGGGCCUGGGGACCAAGGAAGGCCGUGACCAGCUCUACUGGAAGACCAUACGGGCGUUCCACUAUGCCCUGGAGAAUCAUGGCCACGAGGCCGACUGGUUCCUCAAGGCUGACGAUGACACCUACGUCAUCGUGGACAACCUGCGCUGGCUGUUGGCCAAUCACACGCCCGAAGAGCCAGUCUACUUUGGACGCAGGUUCAAACCCUACACAAAGCAGGGCUACAUGAGUGGCGGGGCCGGCUACGUGCUGAGCAAAGAGGCCCUGAAGAGAUUUGUGGAGGGUUUUAAAACCAAGGUGUGUACCCACACAACCCCAGUGGAGGACCUGGCUAUGGGCCAGUGCAUGGAGAAGGUGGGUGUGGUGGCCGGGGACGCCAGAGACACUGUCUUCAGGGAAACCUUCCACCCUUUUGUCCCCGAGCAGCAUCUCACUGCCAAGUUCCCCAAGAGCUUCUGGUACUGGAGCUACUGCUACUACCCCAUCUCAGAGGGGCCAAACUGCUGCUCGGACCUGUCUGUGUCUUUCCACUAUGUGGAUUCGUCCCUCAUGUAUCUGCUAGAGUAUUACACCUAUCACCUGCGUGCCUUUGGCUACAGGUACCGAUACCAGCCACUGGUCCCCCAGGGCUAUAAGCUGGAAGCCUGGGAUGGGUCACUAGGGGGACAUUACUCCAAAGAGAAGCUGGCCGUCCCGAGGGGGCCAGUGGCGAAGGUGGAGUCUCCGUCCAGGCUGGGCCAGGUACAGGAAGUGAAGCCUCCUGCAGAAGAGAUGGACCUGCCUGCUGUUGCUCAGGCGGACAAACAGUAGCUGUGUGUGUGUGUGUGUGUGUGUGUGUGUGUGUGUCAGCAGUGAUUGUGGGUAUGGUCAUUUCAGAGCUUGCAUGUGUUUACUGUUGUGUGCAAGCACCCACACACACGUUGAUGAGUGAAGAGCAUGUGCAGAAUGCGGUGCCUCCAAAGAAGCAGACAUUUUGGGGGGGGAUUCUGUCAGUGGUGAAGGAUCUGCAAAUCAUUUCUACUGUGACUACAGGACUGGUUGUAGGACAGUGGGUGUGUUCCGUUGUCACUGGUGGCAGCCACAUGCUUUUUAGUCUUUUGUUUGUUAUUGUUCGAUACCACACAGUCUAUGUUCAAAUUUCAAUGGUCAGCAGUUGUAUUUGUGGGUUUAUAUAUUUAACAUAACUGGUAAAUCAUCUAUUUUUAACCAAAUUGUUUGAAUGCCCUCAACAGUUUCCAGACUACUGUCUUAAGACUCAAGAAUUUCAAGAAUGACUUCCAGAGGGUAUUGAUUUGGCAGGGUGACUGUUGGAGGUUCCUUCAGGACUGGUUCCCCUCACUCCUCCACACUGCCAGGUUGAACACUCCUCCUGGCUUUCACUUUGACCAGACUAUUUUAACUGGAUUAAUCAGGAAGGAUUUUGCUGGUGGAUUUAGGCUCUGUUGCCCUUGGUUUCCCAAACCUUUUCUCUGGUCCCCCAGAUGUCCCUAAACUGACACACCUGAAUUAAAUGAGUCAAAUAAUGAUCAAGCCUUUAACUAAUUGAGUCAGGUGUCUGGGAUGGGGCAAGGGAGUGGUUUGAGAAACUUGACUCUGCCCUAAUCAUAACCUUACCUACUAUUGGUUAAAACCCCAUUGUUUCCCAGAUUAAGCCAAGUCCUGGACUCAAAAUCAUAUCUAAUGGAAGAACGUCAUGGACAUACAUUUUUUUAGUACUGGACUAGGCCUAAUCUGUGUCUUGAAAACUACUCCAUAGAAACAGGUGAGAAGCUUCUGUCUGCAAUAGAAGAUUAAGAAGACCAGCCUCUUGAGUAUAAUGCCCCCAUUUCUGUUGAAGAGUUGGAGUGGCACAUUACCUUGUCACCCCCAGUAGCUUGUGCCUUGUGAAUAUGGAUUUUAUGCACCAAGAGACAAAGCCUUUAAUCCUGGGGGACCCGGCUUUGUUCUGUCACCCACGGUUGCUUGUGCCUUGUGAGUCAGAAUUGUAAUGCACAUUCAGCUGCAUGUUUUGAAUCUGCACUGUGACAAAGUGUGAGACUUCUAUUUUCAGAGUGAAUAAAUCUUGUUUAUAUGUUCCAGACAGAUAGGGAAAUCAACUACCUGUGCUUAAUGAGUUAUGUUAUCUUAAACAGCUUUUGCACCAUGUUAGGUUGGAUACAAUGAAGUUUGUUUUAUUCUUGAUUUAAUUUGAUAAAAUCAUAUUUUUAUGAUGGAGGAGAUGGUAUUUUAAAGUAUUUUUAAUGGAGUGGAAUACUUUUAGAAUUUGCUUGUAUUACUUUCAAACCAAACAUGGAUGAUUAAAGUAUUUAGGGAAGUAUUUUAUGGGAAAUUACCAAAUCGGUGGGGAUGUCAUUUAAUGACCGAUCUGUGUUUAUUGUUGAUUCUUCAAUGUAUUAUUAUCAUAUGAAAAUGCACUCUUACUCUUUAACAUUCUUGUUGACCCAUUGAUCACUCCAUAAGCCAGAAAACCGUGCACUGUAUCUUUUAUUUUUGUCUUCCGUUCAGUCUCUCUACCACGUCCUGUGUUUUAUUGAUGUCUGUAUGUUUAGACAUUUACCUUAACACCCACGGUGCUGUAUAUUGGUCUGAGACAUUAGCGUAAAUAAGAGGUUCUGCAUGUACAUCCACAGUAACUUGAACAGUAAAUUGAAUCAACAUGUGAGCAGAAAUAAUUAUUUUAUACCCGUUGGUUGUUUAAACCACCUGUCGUUUAUGCUUUUCGUUCAUUGUACGAGUCACCCAACUGGUUUAUGGGUUUUGCCUGACUUUGAAUGGUUCAUAAAGGCCCUGGAGCUGUAUUCGUUUUGUAUGUUCUUUAUGCCCACAUCCUGGUAGGCUGAGGAACGCGUAACUAGCAGCUAAUGACGUCAGUUAAAAGCUUCUGUUUAGUGGACAUGUGCAGAGCAGGUCCUCUCUUUCAACCAUAAGACAGAGUUAAAGAUGCAGUCCGGGACUUUUGCGAGUUACAAAACAUAUUUUUAAGCCUCCCAUUUUGGGUUGGAUAUAUAAUGUUGUUUAAUAUGUUUAUGUACAUAAUCUGUAAGUAAAGUCAGUAUCAUACUUCAGUUAGCCAUGAAGGUAAAGGUUUGAAAGUGGUUUUAAUGACAACGGGGUACAUUAUUGGCACAUGACAGUACAGUCUUUUGUCCGGCAGUGCCAUUUAUACAAACUGACCAAAAAACUCAGGAAUGCAUCUUUAAGUUUGCUUUAAAUAACUGCCUAUUAACACAUCCAUGGAAUCCUCUUUCUGACGUAGGUCUGUUACAACACCCCAAAUACAACACUCAUUGAUGAUUUAUAGUCCACUGGGAGAGGUUUACAGAACUACUCAUUUUGUCAAUUCAUUUUGGCAGUGUGGUAAAUCUUUUGUGAGGAAGAGAAAAGUUUGUCUUUUGUUUGAAUCAAUUCAAUGGAAGGUAAUUUAACCUGCUUAAUAAAGAAGUAUGUAUUUGA